UUAGAUAUAAAAAAACGAACGGAACUUGAAACUGUCAAACCUAUAGUGGGGUGCUUUCAAGGUACAUUCAUGGGAUGCAAAUCCGAUAUCAAGUAUGACUGCUCAAGUCUUUUUGGUUUUCGAGAUAUAGCGUUGUUGUAAUGAGAUUUUCUUUUGUUCAUAAACUGACUGCUCAUAUCCUCUUGGUUUCCGAGAUGUGGCGUUUUUAAUGAUUUUUUUCAUAGAUAUAAAAAAUGUAAUUAUAAAAACAAACUAACAGAACUUGAAAUUCUCAACCCCGUUGCGGGGUCAUGCCAAAUACACAUCGGCGUUACAAUUCUGCCCUCCUCUUGUGACUGUUCAAAUGCUUUUGUUUCAAAGAUGCGGCGAUUUUUUAAAUUUUUUUCAAGAAACUUGAAGUUAAAGAAACUUGAGUUAAAAAAAAAGUAACCCGUCUUGAAAUUUUCAACUUUUUUCAUUGUGGUUCUGUUAGGGUACAUUCAGGGGGUACUGUCAAGGUACAAAUCUUGCCUCUAACUUUUACAGCUCAGUUAUAUUUUUUUCCGAGAUAUGUUGCUUUCAUGAUUUUUUGAAAUACUUUUUCUUAGAUUAAAAAAAAAACCUAUCUUAGAUUUUAAAAAAACCAAUAGAAAUUGAAAAUUUUAACCCUAUGGUGGGAUGCUAUCAGAGAACAAUAUAUGGUAGCAAAACUGCCCGCUAAUUUUAUCUGCUCAAAUCAUUUCGGAUUUUGAGAUAUGGCGUUUUUAAGGAAAUACAAAUCUCUGAUAGCUGAGCCCAGUUUAACUUCACAGAUGCAUUAAAUAACGCUGUUUUAGUACAUGUUUAAGGAAGCUUUUUUUCGCCUUCAACGAUAUAUUUGAAGCACCGUAGGUGCGGUUCAUGCGCUAGUUUUUACUUCUUAUUGCACUUGUUAGAACUUUUGAGCUGCUUUUUGUCGUGUUCUCGCUAGUGUUUGCGAAGCACAGCUUCGCCUUUAUGUCAUAAUUUUGCUAUUAUGAUCUUGUUAACUGCUUGAUUUCAAUCCAUCCCUGCUAAUGAAAAAAUGACCAAAAAUUGUAAUUUUUUGUUGCAAUAAUAAUGAUGGUCGGAAUACUCGUUCCUACUACUGUUAUUCUUGUAAUGUUUAAAAUUCCGAAAUUUUGCUUUCCAGCUCCUGAGUACCUAAUGCUCAGGCGUUUUAAUAGCAUAAAGUAUUUGCAACAUUUUUGAUCUGAGACGUGGUUCUAUCCUCGGAGAUGGAAAAUUUAAACAAGCCUCUAAAUUUGUAUUUUCAAUUUAAUUAUUAAUUACUUUUUAUUAUGCUGUUUUCCGUUUCAAUUGUUCAAAAUUCUACAAGAUCUGCAGCUUCGUGGUAUGCUUUAUUGUUGUCAAAAUCGUGAAUAAUUCAUCAAUGACAGAGCAUUCACGCUGUUGGCUCUAAUGCAUUUUUGAUUAGAUGCACUUCUUUGGGGACACGUUAAAUUUUUUGGCAUAAAGUAAUUCGUUCUCAUUUCAAAUGCAAGCAGGUGUUUAGUUCAAGCUCUUCUUUGCAAUUGAAGCGUAUGAGCAGUCCUACUCUCUACUUAAAUGGUGCUUUCCCAUUUGUUUGUUAUCCACAUUGAAAAAAAUAUUAUGUCGUUUUCCUAAAUUAAGCUGUAAAAUGUGGCCAAAUUGAAAGACUUAAACCCCACUUUAGCUAGAAGUAUAGACAGAAAAAUUAAUUAAGUAUGGACUUGAAUCGAAAAUCGAUGCCUGCGCCUAAAUUUGCUCACUCGACGAGAAAUAAAACACAGAUAGCCGGCGAAAAUGAAGCAGAAACGGACGAAAGCGAAGGAUUGAGUGGGCUGCGAUAUGAACAACUUGGAGAGCUGCGAUUACAGAAUGCCAAUAAUCAGAAGCAAACAUCAAAAUCAGUAGAAUUAGCAGAGUUGUCACAGUUUCAAUCAGUUCUGAAACGGCAUGAUCCGGCGAAAUCCCCGCGCGAUAUCCAAGGAAACAAGUUCAAUGUUGUGAAUAAAGAAGGAAGCUCUCGACAUCAGGUAUCAGAGACUAGCCAGUCGCUUCCAGAUAGUCUAUCGGAACUGAAGAUUCGACAUCACGAGAAGACGAAGUUAGUUCCAUCUUCUGGAGCAGUAGAUGUUGGAAGUAGUAGUGGAGUGGGAUCCAAUGGUAUGCAGAAUGGAGGCGGAUUCAGAAGUGGGACUCCGAUAUCUGGUGUGAAUAAUAUGGCUGCUGUGAGACUCCCCUCACUGCAGAAGCAGCCAAUCAGCAAUGCAAACAAGUAUUCUCGGUAUUCCAGUAGCAAUCUAUCGAGCAGCCUCCUCAAAAACUGAACGAAGAAAGCUUCGCCGAAGAAGAAUCCUAACUUACUGUUUGAGUGCUAUUAGUAGUUAGUAAUUUAAUGAUAUUCAUUGACGAAAGUUUGGCGCUAUGAUAAUUUGAAGCCAGAUUUGAAUAUGAUUGAGUGAACUGUCGCGCCGCUGAAUGCAUGUUCAAGCUAUCAGCGUUUUGAACUCUGCUCAGCGGAGAAGUUUUUUGUGUUAGUUUCCCAAAAUCCUGUUUUAUGUCUUCUCUGUUUCAACAGAGAAAUAGUUUAAUUCCAAAAUUAUGUGGGUUAUUGCCCUUAAAAUACACUUGAACUGUUUUGUAAAGAAGUUAUCAAUCUAUAUUUUUGAGCGCAAUAAAUGACUGAAGUUAUUUAAUUUCCUUGCAGCCAUGUGCUGUGGCGUCGAUGCAGUCUGAAGUUAUUCCUGUCCUGAGGUUUGAUCCGACUACUCACCCACGCUUGUCUGGACACAUUUUUUAACCAGCACAUUCAAGCACCCCAAAAAACAGUCAGAGAUUCGAUUAAUAUAGCAUAGCCCUUGCGAUUGAAAAGGUUUCAGGGUAAGAUAUUUUCUAAUAGCAGUUAUUUCGAUGAUUAAAGUCUAGAUUGUUUUGAUUAUUU